CUUUUGUCUUUCCUUCUAUUUCCUUCGAUUCGCGUUCGAAUCUGCCGCCCCGAGGUUCCAAACCCUAGCUUCGUCCCAUCGUCCGCGAACCCUACCUAGAUCCGAAAUCCACCACCAGUCAUCCCCUCAUCCCCGAUCCUAACCCUUCUCUUUGCAGUCGAUCCUACCCCGGCCCGUUCGUUUCUCUUUUCCUCCGUCCCCGAGAUCUCGAGGCAGCAUGGUGGAGGCGAAGGACAACGAGGUGUACGAGGAGGAUCUCGUCGACUACGAGGAGGAGGUGGAGAAUGUCGCCGACGGCGCCCCAACCAACGGCUCCGCCGAUGUCGUCAAAAAGGGGUACGUGGGGAUCCACAGCUCGGGGUUCAGAGACUUCCUGCUCAAGCCGGAGCUUCUCCGGGCCAUCCAGGAUUGCGGAUUUGAGCAUCCUUCCGAAGGUACAAAUUCUUCUGACAUUUCCUUCUGGAGGAGAGAAUAUGGUAUAACUUUUCAUUAACGGACACAGAAGGUUGAUUUUUUUCUUACUGGGGUGCUGCUCCAACUUUGUUUGGUUCCACAUCAGUGCAACAUGAAUGCAUCCCUCAAGCCAUUCUUGGAAUGGAUGUUAUCUGUCAAGCAAAAUCUGGGAUGGGUAAGACUGCGGUUUUUGUCCUCUCAACUCUUCAGCAGAUUGAUCCUGUUGCUGGUCAAGUAGCUGCACUUGUGUUGUGCCACACAAGAGAGCUAGCUUACCAGAUUUGCCAUGAAUUUGAGAGAUUUAGCAAAUACCUGCCUGAAUUAAGAGUCGCUGUCUUCUAUGGUGGUGUUCACAUAAAAAAUCAUAAGGAUCUGUUGAAGAAUGAAUGCCCCCAUAUUGUGGUUGGCACGCCUGGAAGGAUACUUGCUCUAGCUAGAGAUAAGGACCUUCCCUUGAAAAACGUGCGGCAUUUCACUCUUGAUGAAUGUGAUAAGAUGCUUGAAUCACUUGACAUGCGUAGAGAUGUCCAGGAGAUCUUCAAAAUGACUCCCCGUGAUAAGCAAGUGAUGAUGUUUUCAGCAACCCUCAGCAAGGAAAUUCGCCCAGUUUGCAAGAAAUUCAUGCAAGAUCCUAUGGAAAUUUAUGUUGAUGAUGAGGCUAAACUGACCCUUCAUGGUCUAGUUCAGCACUACAUCAAAUUGAGUGAGGCAGAGAAGAAUCGGAAGUUGAAUGAUCUCUUAGAUGCGCUUGACUUCAACCAAGUGGUGAUAUUUGUCAAAAGUGUUAGUAGAGCUGCAGAGCUGAACAAGUUGCUCGGUGAAUGCAAUUUCCCCUCAAUCUGCAUACAUUCUGGAAUGACGCAAGAAGAGAGGUUGACCCGAUACAAGAACUUCAAGGAAGGACACAAGAGGAUUCUUGUGGCUACUGAUUUGGUCGGUAGGGGAAUUGAUAUUGAGCGUGUCAACAUUGUUGUAAACUAUGAUAUGCCAGAUUCUGCGGAUACCUACUUGCAUAGGGUUGGUCGGGCUGGACGUUUUGGCACCAAGGGACUUGCAAUAACAUUUGUUUCUUCUGCAUCCGAUUCUGAUGUUCUCAAUCAGGUGCAAGAAAGGUUUGAGGUUGACAUAAAGGCACUGCCUGAUCAGAUUGACACUUCAAUAUACAUGCCAUCUUGAGGAUCCAAGUGAAGGAUGGUUUGCUUCAAUGCAUCAUCUUGGGAUGACUACUAGAUAACCUUGUAUCUCCUGAAGAUGUUCCAUCUGUACUUAUUCGGCAGUUUAGGUCCAAAGACCAUGAAACUAUUGGUGCUCAUGUUUUUAGGAUUUUAUUUGCAUGUCACAUUUUCUAUGUUAUUGGCAAACAUUUUUAUUGUUCGCUGCAUGACCCAUGUUACCCGCCUGAUUUCCUUUGGAUCUGUCAUCCUGCCCACUUUGGCA